AUCAUGCCUGAGCCAGCAAAGGCCGCACCUAAGAAGGGGUCCAAGAAGGCCGUUACUAAAACCGCCGGGAAGGGAGGUAAGAAGCGCAAGAGGUCCAGGAAGGAGAGCUAUGCUAUCUACGUCUACAAGGUCCUGAAGCAGGUUCAUCCUGAUACCGGGAUUUCCUCUAAGGCCAUGGGGAUCAUGAACUCUUUCGUCAAUGAUAUUUUCGAGCGUAUCGCCGGUGAGUCCUCUCGUCUCGCUCACUACAACAAGCGCUCCACCAUCACAUCGAGAGAGAUCCAGACCGCCGUGCGUCUGCUGCUGCCCGGUGAACUCGCCAAACACGCCGUGUCUGAGGGAACAAAGGCCGUCACCAAGUACACCAGCUCCAAAUAAAUCUGUUGAAGCUUUCAACACCACAAAGGCUCUUUUAAGAGCCACCCACUUUAUCGAUUAAAGAGCUUCCAGUUCUUAAUACACUUCAGUGAUAACUGAAAGUUUAACUUUUGAAGAAUGCAACUUUGUGACUAAAUUCUGGAACUUUUAAAGAAAUGACUACAUAAAGAAUUUUAUAAUACAUUUUGUCUAAUACAAUUAGUUGAUCUUUGUUAUGGA